GAGCACCAGUUUAGCAGUCACUAGAAAGCGUUACAUAGACAGUUUAUCGAUAGAUGUGAUAUGGGCAGAGUUGAAAUUUCGCGUUGAAGCACAUUUACGUUUAUCUGACAUUUAAACAUCAUUGUUGUGAAUGAAUACAAAGAAAAUAAAAUUAAUAUUCAAGUGCCUGAGAAUUUUGAUCGUUUAUAGUGUUUGAGUGUGUACUUUUCGAUGUGGUUACGUGUUUUGUUAUCGUUUUAUUCGAAUUUUAAUUAGAAAUGUGAUACUGAGACAGUGCUUUUUCGAAUAUUAACAUUCUUGGAUUAAUACAGCUCAUUUAUAUUCAAAAGACACGCAAAAUUAUUGGUAGAUAGUUUCGGGAGGCAUAAGACCUCCUAAACGACACCACUGGAACCAGCUACAGUGAGGUUUUCAAAUGUUAAAAAUGUAUCAUCGACAGCUUUUCUCCAUUUUAUCUAUUUCGUUUCUAUGUUCGACGUUAACGUUUGCCGACAUCGACCUUAGUGGAAAAUGUUUAGAUAUACCAGAAGUAACACCAAAAAGAUUCUUCGUAACAGGAGGAAAAUCAUUGGACAUCAAUUUGGAAACAUCAACUCGACCAACCCAUCUGUUGGCUACACAUAUAUUUUAUAUUUUUGCUACAGAAGUUCUGGGAUAUCCAAGGGUUACCAUGACAGUAAUGGAAGAUUAUUUUAAUAUAGAAGUCAUAAUGGAGAGACUAUCAAGUUAUUCCGCCACUAAUCAUGGGAUCCCACCGGCUACUAUUAAUUUAGAAGUGUGGACGAGUCCCGAAUACGAUCCAUUCGAAAAAGAAUUCGUUAAAGAAGUUGGUAGCGUCGGUCCUCCAGGUCGUUUCGGCUGGUAUAUACCUCGAAGAUUGAACGGACCUAUUAAAGAAUACUAUAAACUAGAUUGGAACGAUGAAAUUCAAGAGGUUCAUUGGUCUUUCUUCCUUAACGAUAAUUUCGCCAGCAAAUUCGCACUCGAUAGUACUGCAAUUGAUAUGCUUAUUAAAACAAAUGCAUACCACAAAUAUUCAAAUAAUGAAUAUGUUUGUCCUGAUAGCGUCUGUGUAGAAAGUAUGUACACCCCAUCGCAAUGCGAUGGCAAAAAUUGUGCGGUACUUUUAGCUCCAGAUUUCAGAACGAGUGAUUUUUUAAUACAUCAAGUCAACGAAAUUCGGUGCCUCGUGAAAAUAUUAUGGUUAGGAAAUAAUUUAAAAUCGGCUGUUAGAUUAUUAGAAGAAUAUUACGCAAAACAAAGCAAUCAACAGAGUUUCAUGUUUUUCCAUUGGUUUCCUGGAGAUCUGGUGAUCGAUGAAACUAAAUUCGUAACCGUUAAAUUCAAAAACAACGAAUUGUACAAUUUCACAAACAAUUUAGUUAACGGGUACAAAUACGAAAUGCACCGAUUAGUAAAAAUGGUUUGGUCCAAACUCGAAGUCGACGCAAAUCCUUUAUUUUUGGGAGUUAGAAGUUUCAAAUUACGCAGAGAAGAUUAUGUAUUUUUAUUCGAUUUGAAAGACAAAGGUUACGGAGGAGAAAGGAAAAUAGCGUGCGAAUGGAUGAGAAAUAACACUCCUGUUUGGGCGAAUUGGAAAAAAACUUAUGUCAAACCAACUAUUAAUAUUGGAGGAAUAUUCCCAAUGUCGGCGCCGGGAUUAGGUGGUUGGGGUGUGUUUCAAGGUGCUAAGGCGGCAGUCGAAUUCAUCAACAGAAGUCCCACCCUUUUGAAAGACUACAAUCUAAAUCUAAUGGCAUUUGACGGGAAAUGUCAACCGGAAUCAGUUAUGAGUACUUUUCUAGAUCUCAUAGUGAAUCAUGAAACUUUUAAAAAACUCGUCGGUGUACUCGGACCUGCUUGUACGGAAACAGUUGAACCCAUAGCGCCGGUUUCCAAACAAUACAACGUCGUAGUGGUGUCUUACGGAGCAGAAGGAACCUCAUUUUCAGACAGAAGCAAAUAUCCAUAUUUCUUUAGGACCAUCGGAGAAAAUCUGCACUACAAGUACGCUUAUUUGGCUCUUUUCAAACAAUUUGGAUGGAAAAGGGUCGCAGCUCUUACAGAAGACGGACAGAAGUACACCGAAUAUAUAUCGUUGAUGAGCGACGAUUUUCCCAAAAAUGGUAUCGCCUUUAUUGCCAACAAAAAAUUUCCCAGAGGAAGAAACGCGGAAGACAUGAGAACGUAUUUGACCGAUCUAAAGAAACAAAGCGUUCGAAUAAUCAUAGCUGAUGUAAUGGAUCACGACGCAAGACUUGUUAUGUGCGAAGCCUAUCAAUUAGAAAUGACAGCAAAGGAAGGUUACGUAUGGUUUUUGCCAGUUUGGUUGAAUAACGUUUGGUACGAUACCGAUAUUAAUAAUAACACCGAAAAAAUCAAUUGCAGUACUGCAGAAAUGAUCGAGGCAGCAAAUGGUUAUUUCUCUUUAGCACAUGCCUAUUAUGGUCCAGACGACGCCGUAAUGCAAGAGAAUAUAACCAUAGGUGAAUGGAAGAAAUUAGUACAUAAAAGCAAACCCCAAAUUGCAAAUUCCGAAUAUGCUGGUUUUGCUUAUGAUGGUGUUUGGACAUUCGCACUAGCAUUAAAUCAAUUGGUCAACGAAAAUUCCGAAGCUGUCUAUGAUCUACAUUCCAAAGAAACGGCCAAACAACUCGUCGAAUAUAUACAAAAAGUAGAUUUUCACGGUGUGUCUGGUCACAUCAAAUUUCGCGGUGGUCCAUCUCGUUUUUCAACAAUCAAUCUGGUCCAGUGGAUAAAUGGCACUAAAUCGAUCGUCGGUAAUUUUUUCCCGAACAUCACCGACGAUAAACCCGAAAUUCUCGGAGGGGAUUUAGUCUUGAAUGGCACAAACAUUAUAUGGUUGAAUCAAAACGGAGGUAUACCAGAAGACGGUACACCGCCACCACCUAGUUGCGCUUUAGAAGCAUUAGCCGUAGCUUUCAACGUAGAAUGUCAAACGGCCGUCAUCAUUCUAAAUAUAAUCGUAGCAGGUGUUUUAUUGAUAGGAGUUGUCGCCGUUUGUUAUUAUAUGAAGAGGAGGUACGAUUCGAAAGUAGAAAAAACCAAGAAUUAUAUGAGAUCUCUAGGUAUACCGUUCGACUUACGUAAUGCCAGUGAUCUCGAUAAAUGGGAAAUUCGACGUGAAUGCGUCGUAAUAAACAGAAAACUUGGUGAGGGCGCUUUCGGUACUGUCUACGGAGGCGAAGUCUCCCUUGAAAAUAACGACAAUUGGACAGCCGCAGCGGUUAAGACCCUCAAAGUUGGUUCGACGACAGAAGAAAAACUCGAUUUCCUUUCCGAAGCCGAAGCGAUGAAACGUUUCGAUCACAAAAAUAUCGUUAAAUUAUUGGGAGUUUGUACGAAAGAAGAACCGGUUUAUACUAUAAUGGAGUUUAUGUUGUACGGUGAUCUUAAAACGUACCUUCUAGCCAGAAGACAUUUAGUAAAAUCCGAUAUCGAAGAAUCUGAAGAAGUUAGUCCGAAACGAUUGACAAAUAUGGCGUUGGAUGUUGCUAGAGGUUUGAGUUAUUUGGCUGAAAUUAAGUUUGUACAUAGGGACAUCGCUUCCAGAAAUUGUCUGAUAAAUGCGCAACGAUCUGUUAAAAUCGGUGAUUUCGGUAUGACGAGAGCCAUGUUUGACAACGAUUAUUACAAAUUUACGAGAAGAGGAAUGUUACCUGUAAGAUGGAUGUCUCCAGAAAGUUUAGCUCUUGGAGUGUUUACUCCCGCUUCGGAUAUAUGGAGUUUUGGUAUAUUGCUCUACGAGAUAAUAACCUUUGGAAACUUUCCUUUCCAAGGGAAAAGUAAUGCUCAAGUACUGGAAUUAGUAAAAGAUGGACAAACACUCGAAAUUCCAAAAGGAACUAAACCACAACUUGUGGGUCUAAUGAAAUCAUGUUGGAAACGCGAAUCCAAGGAACGUCCAGCAGCCUCCCAAAUAGUCGAAUUUUUAGCAAACAAUCCAAGACUGUUAUCUCCUUGUUUGGACGUACCCAUAUCAUCAGUUCAGAUCGGAGACAGCGAUCAACUCGAAUUGACCCGUAAAGACUUGAAAGUGUCUCCGACUAAAUCAACGAAUGGAUCUACAUUUCAAGCACCCAGUUCGCUGUUCGAUGAACACGUAGAACCUGAAGGUAUUCCUUUAGAGAUAUGUGGUGCUAAUGAACCAUUGCUGGGACAAUCACGUGCGAGUAGCUCCAAUUUACUUAGCAGAUUAGGGGUAGGUAGCAAAAGAGAGUCUGAAGAGGACGACGAAUAUCUCGAACAAAAUGUUCCCGAUUCACAGGAUAAUACGAACGUGUAGUAAAUGUGCGAUGUUUGUGUGUCGUUUAUUUUUUUCUUGUUAAGAGAAAUUGUGGAAUAAGAUUUUGUACCUCAAAUUAUUGUCACAUGUAAGGAUUUUUGAUAUUUAUCUUAUUAGAUCAGACUGUUAAAACAAUCUACGAGCAGAAGUGACGAACAAGGGGGAUUUUUGUUUUCGAUUAAAAGUGUUACUUUUAUAUAUCGGAAAUUUUUAAAAUAUUUUAAGAAUUUUAAUACAUUUGACGUCGAAGAAAAACCGAGGUAGAGAAAUUGUGAUUGAUUAAUUUUUAAUACCGUAUUUUUAGAUUUACUUAUUCUGACUUUUGAGAAAAAUUAAGAUAAUUUGGAUAACAGAAAAAAAUCGCUCUUUAACCUCAUAAAUAAUCAAAAAAAUUUCCUAAAUUCUUGACUAAUUCCUUAAAAUAUAUUAGUAACACUUGUUUUUUGCAUUUAUUUUGAAAUAUCGAAACCAAAUGUGUUCAAUGAAAUUCCAUGUGCUAAAGCAUUCAAUUAACGAUCAACCCCUAUUGUCAGACUGCUACUUAUACAGUUUUUUUCUUAUUAAAUACUACAUCUUUCAAUAAACGAAAUCCUUUAAAUAAAGACGUUUGGUAAGGAUGAUUAACAUUCAUAACAAUUAUUGAAAUGAUCAAACAAACAAAAAAUCUGAUUGAAACUGAUAGAAUUAAUAUUUUAGAACCAUCCUUUCCAUAAUUCUGAUUAUUUUUCUAGUCAACGAUUUUAGCUGAGAAACGAGACUUGAAUUCACUAUACAUCACAAUAAUAGUAUUAAAACAAUCACAAUAACUAACCCUACCAAUCUCAAAGUAGUUUUCAAACACGAAAAAAAAUCUUAUCAUUACUACAAAUUAACAUAUCAUCAAAUACCCUUAAGUUUACACUGCUGGGCGUAAAACUCUUUCAAAUUUUUCUAUUCUUAUCGACAUUAAAACAUUUAGAACCAGUUGUAUCUUCUGUGAGGUCUUCCUCUUCUUCAGAGAACAUCGUUUUGACCGCCAAGUAAUAUCUAUGAUGUUUUAACCCCACGCUAAAUCAUAGCUUUAAGUUACUAUAAUGAUAUUUAUCUUUAUAGAUUUACUUCUAUUUGUUAGCGGUAUAUUUACAUAUUGGAGUAUGAAAGCAAUGAUCCGUCAUAAUUUAACAGUAAAUACAAUAAUCACACAUAUCAUUAGUAUUAUCAAGUAUACGGUUAAUUUUAAUUUGAGAUUCAAUUUCGGAAGCGAUUUACUACUUUAUGAUAAGUUUGCACUUAAUAUGGCAGUUGUACUUGUUGGCAGAACAUAACCUCAAAAAUCCUGCGCACGACGCGUAACACUAAGCCGUGUUCACAUAAAGAGAAUUGAGGAAACGAUUAGGGAUUAGUCGAAGAGUACAUUUAUCAGCACGCUCUUUUAAUAUGUCAAGGAUUAGAAAAAAAAACACACAUGAUCCUUUCCCGCUAUUGUAAAACUUCUUUUCAAAUUUCAAAACCAGUUCUUUUUCGUUACAAUAAAUAUGAAGUUAUCCUUAUUUGCUUCUCACGCAAUAUGACCAAUAACGUCAUCCUGAUAUAAUCAAUACAAGAAAUAUAACCUAAAAUUUUCUAUAAGUACUUUUACUUUGGUAACACUGAGUUAAAAACUUUUGCCAAUAGUGCAUCUGAAAAUACAAAAUCGAUGCUACACAUCUGCCAACGUUUAGGAUGUAAUUUCCCCUGAUACAAAAACAUUUUAUUUACACUUUUGAUUAUUGUUUAGAGAAUGUACUUGUCACUAGAAAUAUCGAAAUUGCAAACUUAAUGUAAAAAGCCUUUUAAGCAUCAUAACCUCGAUUUGAAAUUAAAGUUGAUUUCAAAAUUUAAUCACAAUCUAUUCACAUCAUGAAAGUAGAAUGUGAUUUUUUGUACAUAGUUCGUACCGGAAAAUAAAUUUGGUACUCUUUUUAGUAGAAUAUUUAUGUACAAAUAAAUCUAGUCAAUUUUUUUCGUGUUUAUACUCACUUUGUGAUUGGUUGUAGGUUUUACCACUAAAUGCAAUAUCUGUAUAUGUAAUAGAUUUUAGUAAAUGUGUCUUUGUUUUAUUCUUAAGAAAAAUAUUUGGUUUAUGUACCAGUGGUGUUCAUAAAUAAUCAUCAAAAAACUUCAAUAAAUUGAGUUUAUGGUACUAGAUGCUAGCUACGAGAUCGUUUGAAAUUGCACUUAUUUUUUUAAAAUGUUGUUAAAAGUGUGAAAAUUUAAAAGUGAAGAUGUGUGUGUUCGUAUAAAUUCAGAUUAAUCUUUAUAUUAAGAAAAUUGUAAAUUUCUCAUGACUAAUAAAGAUGGAAGUUUGUAUUAAUAUUAAAUAUGAACAUAUGUCCUUUGUGCAAUUAUUUUAAUAUCUAAUUUCAAUAUCAAAUAUCAGUUGCAAUAUUAUCAAAAUACGUUUUGUUGUUUGAAAGUUGUACUAUUAUAAAACUAAGUUAUAAAUGUCGUCUCUUUGAAACUAAAUAUUUUGUCUUAAUUGAUUCAAACUGCAAUUAGUAUAAGCGGAAAUAUUUUUCACAUUUAUAUGACUAAAUAUUUCUAUAACAUUAGAAUUACUAAUAUAAUAAUAUCCGUUGUGAAAUUAGUUGCAGCACUUACAGAUAUAAUGUGAAUUAUUUUUAUCAAACUGUCCAGGAUGAUUUUUUAAUUAUUGAAAAAAAAUAGUAAUAAAUUGUGCAAAUCCACUUAAGGUAUAUUCAAAAAAUUCUUGUCUACCAAUAUAGAAUGAGUCUUAAGCAAAAUGUAAAUUGGAUCUUUUCUCCAUCCGGGACAGAUCUACCCUCUUCUAUGUGGUGCUGUUAAAGAUCGUAAAGUUUUGGUCUCUAGGAGACACUACUUGAAAUUAUUUUUCUAUUAAUUUGUUUUGAAUUUCAGGUGUAAGGGACAAAAAGUAGCUCUGGUACCUUUCCUGUAGUUUGUUUCACAAAAAUUUGUAUCAUAUCAAUCAUUUCAUGCUAUUUUUUUGUUUCCUUUGCCAAUAUUCCAGCUCUUCAUUAAUUGUUUAUCCUUCUGAAAGUCUGGCUCCUUUUAUUCUUCCUCUUUUUUACGACAUGAUCAAUCUCAUUACUGGAAUACUGACACUCAACUCUCCUAUCAUCUUCUCUGGAGGUUUUCCUUUGGUAAGUAAACAUUCUAAAAAACUGUUUUGUCUAUCCAAUCAUCAGUCAUUUUCUUUACAGUUUCAUCUUCUACUAAUAAUUAAUCCAUCUGACAUCUUCCACUAUGCAAAUUCAUCUUAUGUCGUAGUUUAUUUGGUGAGACAGGCCUGUACUAUUGGCAGAUACAAAUAAUGUGCCCCCUCAUCACCAAAUAUAUCAUUAGCAACAUCGCCCAACUGUGAUAUUUCUAAAUUUCCCAUAACUUCUUUUUGUCCCUUUAUGGUACAAUAACGUUGGGCUCAUCACUCAUUUCUUUUUUUACACUAAGAGAAAAAUUCCUUUUUCCCAGCUAUUACCUACUAAAAAAUAACUGUUUUGCCUUGUAUAAAUGAAAAAUGUAGUGAUUGGAAGUUUUUGAAAAAAUUAAGGAAAUUAAACUCAAUAAAACUCAAAUUCUGAAUUAUUGGACUGUUUCAAAUAACCAAUACAGAAUGAGUAUUGAGCAAAAAGAAAAUUGGAUCUUUUCUUCAUCCGGAAUAGAUCCAUUCUCUUCUAUGUGAUGCUGUCAAAGAUGGUAAAGUGUUUGUUAUCUAGGACACUUCUUGAAAUUGCUUUUCCUAUCAAUUUGUUUUGUAUUUCAGGUGUCUUAUAUGUAAGGAACGUUUUCAGGCUCAUUUUUAUCCUUACUGUCAGACAACAGAUUUGUACUUUACAAAUAGGUGCACCAAUUACAAAAAGUAGUUCUGGUAGUACCUUUCCUGUAGCCAUGGAAUGCUGUACUUUAUUUUAUCUAAAAUUGUGUCAUAUUAAUCAUUUAAUGUCAUUUGUUUGUUUUCUUUUCCAAUAUUUUAGCUCCUCAUUUAGCUCCUUUUGGAAGCCUGACUUCUUUUAUUCUUCCUCUUUUUUAUGAUAUGAUCGAUCUCAUUACUGGAAGGCUCCAUUUAAUCUCUCCGGUGAUCUACAGUUUUGUCCAUCCAAUCAUCAGCCAUUCUAUCUACAUAAUAUAUACAGCCUCCUCUUCAACUAAACAUUAAACCGUUCGACACCUGCCACUAUGCAAAUUGAUCUUAUGUCGUGCAUUUAAAACUAUUUCUAUAAAUUCUACAAAAAAUCAAUCUUUAUAAUGUUAAUAGUCGAGUUUAUCAACAUCACCGAAAUGCUAAAUGUCCAUACCACUGCUUUUUGCUUAAAUAUGGUAUAUUUGAGGUCAGUUUCGUGCUCAUCACUUAUCAUCACCCGUAUUUAAGUUUUUUUUCAAGAUUGCCUUUGUGGAAAUGUCUAAUUAUUACUGCGCUCUAUCCUUUAAUAAUUUUGAGUAAAAAUAACUAUUGCAGAACGUACUAUGUACUAACUAGUAUAUAGUAAAGCGUUACUUAUCGACUUAUAUUCACUCCCGAACUUGUUUCAAUCAUUAUACUCAAUCCAAUAAUCGCAUUGUCACUUAAAUAUUAAAUAAUCAUCCUGGAAGUGAACUUAUCUACCUCGGAAGGUCGCAAGUGUUCAAUAAAUUCCCAAGGUGCAUUUGUAGUGAGGACACACACUCUGUGAUAUAAAACUUUUAACGUCAAAUAUUACUGAAAUAGAUUUCGUACAGUGUGAACCAAUAUUGAUAAAUUUUUUGUAAGGUGUAAAUAUAGGUGUAUAAUAUUGUGAUGUUCGAUGAAAGAAAAUAAAUAUCAUUAUAAGGUUCACCCUGUAGAGAAAUACAUAGACGCAACCAAAUGACUGUACUCUGUUUCAUUUCAAAGUUACUUAUGAUUUUUAUUCGUUUUGAAAGAAAUGCCUCGGAAAUUGAAGUCUUCAUGUAAUUCCACUAUAGGAGAUUAUAUCUUUGAAAAGGAUUGAGCUAAACAAGAACCUCGAAAAAUGUUAAUUAUUACCGAGUCAUAGCUUAGUUGUACUUUUUCUAUUUGGUUCAAAACCUCCAUUUCCAAACUGUGAAGCUUUAUAUAUAAAUACGUAAGUUGCCUUAUCUUAAUACAUUUAGAUCAUUUUUAUAUUCAAAAAACCGUUAUAUUAGUUUUUAAUGGGUAGUUUUUUAUUGCAAUGAUAAAUUGUUUAGACAAAUUUUGAAAAAAAGAAGUAUAAUAAGUUCGAGCUUUUAAAAAUUCCACCUACCUUGUGGUUCUGGGAACUUAAUUGAUCUUUAAUAAUUGUUAACGUUUUGAGAUUAAUGUUUAAAUUACCGACCAGCUUAUGAUUACAUAUAUUAAAACCAAAAAUUUUUUUUCCACAGAACUCAAAUACUAAUUUUUAUGCUUAUUAGGUACUGCUAAUAUCAAUUUCAAAUUGUAUUGUAUCUAAAAUUGUAUCAUAUCAAACAUUUCAUGCCAUUGUUUAUUUCCUUUGCUAAUAUUUUAGUUCUUUGUUGAUUAUUUGAAACCCUACCUCGAAAAAUCUCACUCCUCCUUUUAUUUUUCCUUUUUUUUUUUUAGAACACGAUCAAUAGCAUUCCUGGAAUGCUGAGAUUUAGCUUUCUUUUCAUCUCUUAAGUGGUCUACUUACUUUGGCUAAUAAUAAUUCUUCGAUAAAUUUCUCUAUCCGAUCAGUAGAUUUCUAUAGCCUCCUUUUCUACCCCUGAACCAUUUAACAACAUCUUCCACUUUGUAAAUUUAUCUUAUGUCGUUGUCUAUUUGGCGACUCUUGGAGUAUACCCUGGCUCCUCGUCUCAACUAUUUGGAGUAGGCGUCUUGUAACUAUUGCUUCUAUUCCAGAAUAUGUCAUGUUAUGCUUUGGAAAUUAUCAUUUUUCUAUUAAUUGUGAUAUAAUGUUCCUAAUAAGCCUGAUAUUAUAGUUGCCUUUAUCACUUGGCUCUCCACUUCUUCUGUUAGGUUUCUGCUAUUAGUACUGCUACUCGUUCCAAUGGCGGGAGCUUAUCUUACAUUGUGCAUGAAACAUAAAAAUAAAAAACAAGUCUCACUGGUCUCAAAUACUCUUAUUCAAAAAUGGAUCCAAUGCCAUUGAUUCUUUGACAUCAACCAAAUUACUUUGAAUUUCUAGAACUGUUGGUGAUAUUCAUAUUGAACUCCACUACUACACCAACACUCACAAUUACACUGUCUGACGCGCGUUUCGAUAUCCAAGUUAUCGUCUUCAGAGACUGAAGGUAAACUCAGACAGUGUAAUUGUGAGUGUUGGUGUAGUGUGAACAGCGUAAUUAGUAUUGGAAAUUUGUGAUUUACCAGAAGAUCCAGGUCAUCAUGCUUUUUCAUAUGAAAAUAUAAUUUCGCUUGGUGUCAACGUUUCGUCGACUGAAGUUUAUUUCAAUACAUCAGUUAGAUACACAUACUGCUUUUUUUAAGAAAGUUUUGUGAUACUUCCAAAUAACUAUGGUUCUAAAUAACAAAUUUAAUUUUUUAAUUUUAUACCAUUCUUUUAAAUUGUUAUUGGAACUAUAUUUUACAUUAGAAACUAGUAUUCUCUCUAAAUAACGGUUUUUUGAAACUCUACAUCGACAGAUCCAACUUUUUUGAAUUCGGGGGUCAUAAAUCUACAAAUACUAGCAAUAACUGUUAGGUAUAUCCGAGUUUAUGAAUAAAGCUCAAUAAAACUCAUUUAGAAUUUACAUAAUUAGAAUUCAAUUGGGCAGCUUCAACAGUGUCCUUUUAGAAAUCCGAGCUCGUGAAAGUAAAUUGACCUUUGGAAGGGCAAAUUAUAAAAUUGUUGUUGAAUACAUCACAGAAGUUCAUCACUAAUUAGAUUUGUUCAACCAAAAUGUCUGUUUACUAUAUUAGGUAGAUUUUAAAUCUCACAUCAUAGAAACCAUGACUGCUAAGUUCCUUAAGUAACAGUAAAUUACAUUUUUAAUAACCUCUAGGUAAUUUAAAGUAAUUUAAGAUUGUAUAUAUACAUCUAUUCAUAUGCCAGUCUGUAAAUGAAUUAAUUUAAAAAAUAUGUACAUAUUUGCUAGCAGGAUUGUCGAAAUUAAAUGAAAGUUGUUGUAUAUAUUUAUAUUUAAGAACAGUAUUGUAGAAAUUUUGCAUUAAAACUAAUUUAGCGAAUAUUGACAGACUGGUUGUUUUUGUACUGAAAUAGCUAAUUGUUCUUUAUUGAAAUUUAAUCCUAAGUAGAUUUAAUAAUACCGAAAAUAAAGUUAAUCUUCUAUUUUUAGUUAAUUGAUAGUUUUACAAAUAUAAGCACACAUGUGGGCUUUUGAAAUUUGGAUUGAAUCGCGAGCAAUUUUUCUUAUAUCGAAGGUGUAUUCUGAAUCUAGGGUUAUAUUAAAAUUGAUUUCAUUACAAUCCACAUAGAUAAAUAACAACUAAAAGUAGAAGAAAUUUUGAGAGAGAUAUCAGAGGUUCUCAAUCUCUCAGGCUCUGAAUCCCCCUUCAUACUUUGGUGUGAGGUCACGCCUCCCUUUUUAGGGAUUACGUUAAUUAGAGACUUAUAUAUGGUAAAUUUACUUCCAUCAUGUUUGAGUAAAAUGACUUUGAACUUGGGCUAGUCAUACUCUGGUACGGAAUAUCAAUAUUUGUCAAAUACAAAUUUUAAUUAAAUACACCAACGAAAAAAUUAAAAUCAAUGGUGUAACCAAAAAAUAUUAAUUAUUUUUUGUGAUCAGUACUAGUGUGAGGACUGGUACUGGUUCUCCUUAACUAUUUUUGAUAUGUUUGGUCUCAAUUCUAACAAACAACACAGCAGGUCACUUUCCACAUCUAGUUUGGCUGGAUAUUUAGAUUUUAUAUUAGCCAGGGUUGAAAAUCCACACAAGCAUAGAUAAGUUGAUGAAAAUUGUACAUGCAACUUGGUUGCCUUCAUUGCUACUCCUGGGUAUACAAAAAUCUCGGAGAUCUCUGUUUGGAAAAUCCACUUUGGCUUUCGAAUCACAUUGCAAGUCAAUUAAUUAUUCUUGAAUGUGAUUAGAAAGUGUAUCAACGUUGAUUUGACUUAAAUUCCCAGUUUUGCGAGCUUAUAUCUGGGAAAUAGACUCUGAUUUUUCUCUUCGAGGACAACAAAUGCUCAGAUAUUAGGUCCCUCAUUUCUUUAACUAGUCUUUUGGAAAACUUUGUAUAUCAUCGAGGAUGUUGUUUAAUUUUGGAAAGGAAGAAAAGUUCAGGUCCGAAUUCUUCAGGCGACGUUGCCAAAAAGCCAUCUUCUCAGCAAAACUUUUAAUUGAAUCACAAUUCUUCAAAGUACUGUUCUGAUCUUGGAGCAUUUUAGGUUCAGGAGUUUUAUUGUUUCAGUCUAACAAAUAUGCCAAGUAAAAGAUAAAUUGAUUAUCUGUAAACUUCUUGUACAGUUUUACACUUUGAUUUUAACUUGAACAAUCUUGCAUCCAUAUUAUCUCUAAACAACCAAUGACCUCCGGUGUAAAAAAGUGUUUCUUAAUCACAGUUUAGCUCUUGAAGCAACAGUCGAAAAAGUCUGGUGUUUAAAGCACUGGAUUUGACGUGAUUCACUACUUUAACUGCCAAGUUCAAAGCAGUGUUAAGUAAUUCAGGAAGAGUCAAAGCUAAAGCUUGUCUGUGAAUGAUACAAUGGUACCCAAUUAUUUUAGGAUUCUUUUUCUUAGAUAAUUCAAUAAAUCCUGAUCGGCAACCUGUCAUCGCUUGAGCUCCAUCGGUACCAAUAACUCUCCCAGGGAAGGUAUUUAGCUUCUAAAAAUGUUUGAUGCUGCUGCUUUAGUUGUUGUUUCAAGGUUUUUUGAAAACAGUAUUUUUUUCAUCUAUGUAUCUACAGAAAAACAACUGCGCUUGUUUUGAAAUGCAAACAGUUGGGAUUUCCUUAGCUUUUGCACCAGUUGAUUUUUUGAAUCAAUAGCCAUGUCUUCAAUUUUACGUUUGACUGUAUCGUUUGAUAAAGAAAUUUUGGCAUCUUUCUUGUAGCCGUCUUCACCGAGUACAAUAUUACAAACAGUAAGCAAACGGGGUUUUAUGAAUGAUUCAUCGAUUGUGUACGGUUUCUUGUCCUUAACAAUUUUAUAAGGAGCCUCAACUAUAUUUUCAUUUUCCAUUGGAAAACUUCCACUAGAAUAAAGUUUCAUUCUCUUAAGACAACUUUGCCUAGAAACGAAAUUCAGUAGGUUUGUCGUUCAGAGCAGUCCUGGUCGACGAUGUCAAUAAACAACUCUAUUUAGAUUAUUUGCGUUUCGUUUAUUUUCUGAAGAAGGUUUUUAUUUAUUCUUAUGCAGAUGAACGUGUAACAUACUUUCUUGAACUUUUAUUUUGAUUUUCUAUUAGUUGCCAUCUAGUUUUGGGGAAUCCCCGAACGGAUAUAUUUCAGGCUGUUGCCACAACUUGGUUCAAGUUCAAGCCUCUAAACUUAGCUGUGCUUUUUUUAUUUGUUGACGCCUGGGCGCGCCUCCAGGUUGAGAACCGCUGAUUUAGAUAUUGUAUAAGAAUCAAUUUUAAAUCUUUAUCUACUUUUACGUGAAAUAUACUGAUGUAACUUCUUUGAUCAUCUUUGGUAUUUGCAUUCACUUCUGGUAAAUAAUUUACUCCUUCGAUUUUGAAUAAAACUGAUCGCUCUAAUAAUAUGUAAAAUAUAUACUUGAUGCAUCCAAAUUUUGACUCUUAUGUUUGCUAAUAUUAAUAACCUUAGGUACGGAUAUAUCAGAAGACUUAGAAUAUGUACUGGAAGUUUUCCUUUAGAAUGUUCGACAAAUUUGUUAAUGCUUAAGACACUUCUAAUAAAUUGGCACUUAUAUAUAAAAUAUUGUUUUGAUACAUAACAUUAUUUUCAGUUAGACAAGCAUUAACACAUUUGGUUCUAAUCUAGAAAAAAUUUAUGUGGCAAUUCCUAGAGAUUAAGUCUUAUGGAAAAGUUUUAUCAGAUAAAUAAAAGUCAAACCAGUGCAUUCUAAAAUAAAUUAGUAAUAAGAAAAUGUUUGAUUGUGUAUUUGAAUAGUUUGUUUGAGAGAAUUAGUGUGAUUGAAGUACUUUUAUAAAUACAUUUUGUACCUGACUACUCAACUAGUUUCUAAGUACUAUUUAUACUAUGUAUUCGUCCAAAUAUUUUUUCAGACUAAAGAUUGUAAAAUGAAUAAGAAAUAAAUAUUUGUCUUUUAU